AAAUGAUAAAACUUUACAUUUCUUGUAAUGAUUAUGAUGAUGAUUGAAUUGCGACUGUGCAAAAUGUGUGUAAAAAUAUCACACACACACACAGCAGCAGCAUCACAUCGAUUAAGUAUUAAAUUCUAAAGAAAGAAAGAGAAAGAGAAAAACGAUUUUUAUUCAAACAACAAAUUGUCAUUCGAUUCAUAACCAUACACACACACACACACACAGCAAUCACCGAUAUUAGCAAUCCACCUUUAUGUUGUUAUCAUGAUUCUUUUUUUUACAGUGAAAUUCAAAUUCCAAAAAUCUCAAAAUUGUUUGUUUGUUUGUUCGUAUUUCAAUUGUGUGUGUGUGUGUUGUUGAUCGUUCAAAUAUAUUCGUAUAUAUUAGAUGAAAUGAAAAUUUUGAUCAGAAUUCGUGAACAAACGGAAAUUGAUUUUAUUCUAAUUUUAUUCUAAUUUUGGUCACCAAAACUUUGAAUAAAAAUGUGAAUCGGAAAAAAAAAUUUUUCUUCUCUUUCAUAUCGCCAAAAAUAAUUGCCAUUUCCGGUUUUGUUUUCAGUGAAAAGAAAACAAUGACAACAUCAUCGCCAUCGUUAUCGUUUGAAAUAUUCAUGAAAAAUUCGUGAUGAAUAAAUAAUCUAAAAUGGUGGUGGUGGUGAUCAUCAUGUAAAUUUAUAUGUAAAUGUUGUGAAAAGUGUUGAAUUUCUUUUUGUUUAAUUUUCACAAGUGUGUGUGUGUGUGUUUGUAUAAUUUGCAUUACAAAUCAUCACCAUCAUCAUUAGAAAUUCAUUGAAAAAUAUUCAGAAUAUUCAUGUUUCUAUAUUGAAUCGAUGAAUAAUGAUAUCGUAUAAUGGAAAUAAUCAAAACAUAUUAAAAUCAUCACCAGCAUUAGAUUCAUGUAAAGAAUUUAUUUGCCACAAUUCUUGUAUUAAAUCAAUGAGUACAAAAAUCAUUCUCAUAUGGAUAAUUAUCGCAUCAAUUUCUGAACUAUGUUCAUGGCUAUUGAUUGUACAAAAAUUUCCAUUACUAUUCUGUACUGGAAUCAUAACAGCUGAAGCUGUUAUUGUAAAUACAAAUCUACCAAGCCGUACAACCACUGGUAAUAAACCAUCAAAACCACCAUCAACAUUGGGACAAUAUCCACGUUUAAAUAAUAAUCGUAAUUCACAUUAUUAUCAUUCGAAUCGUUUUCAAACCGAUGGUCAAUCAUCAUCAUCAUCGUCGUCGUCGUCGUCGUUGGAUCCAGAAAUCGAUUAUUCAAAUGAUCAAACCAAUGAUGAAAGACGUUUAUUCAAUUACCUAAUGAGAAAUUAUGAUAAUACAAUACGUCCAUUGAAAAAUGCAUCAAAACCAAUCAAUAUUCGUUUGGGUAUAACAUUGACACAAAUUUUUGACCUAGAUGAAAAAAAUCAAGUUCUCACCACCAAUGUUUGGCUUGAUCAGGAAUGGAUCGAUGAAUUUCUACAAUGGAAUUCAAGUGAAUUUGGUAACAUAAGUAAAAUACGUAUCCCUUGUCAAAGUAUUUGGCUACCAGAUAUUGUCCUGUAUAAUAAUGCCGAUGAUUAUACACGUGGCUAUAUGAAUAGUCGUGCUAUAAUUGAACCAAAUGGAAAUGUAUUCUGGCCACCACCGACAAAAUUUCGUAGCACAUGUCAAGUGGAUGUUACAUAUUUUCCAUUCGAUGAUCAAACAUGUUCAAUGAAAUUAGGUUCAUGGAUUUAUGAUGGUCUUACGGUCAAUAUUGAAAAUCGAACGCAGAAUGUUGAUCUUUCAAAUUAUGUAUCAAAUGGUGAAUGGGAUCUAAUCAGUACUAGUCUCAUCAGAAAUGUUGUCUAUUAUCCAUGUUGUUUUGAACCAUUUCCUGAUGUAACAAUCACAUUGGUUAUACGUAGAAAAAUUCUUUAUUACAUGUAUAAUGUCAUUAUACCAUGUAUAAUGAUGUCAUUGUUAACGUUAUUAGUAUUCUGUUUGCCACCGGAAUCUGGUGAAAAAAUUGCCCUUGGUGUCACCGUUCUGUUGGCAUUUUCAGUAUUCAUGUUGGCCAUUUCGGAAAAAUUACCUGAAACAUCGGAAUCGAUACCAUUAUUGGGCGUUUAUCUAACCGUUGUGAUGGGCAUCGCUUCCAUAUCGAUAGUCAUGACUGUUGUUGUGCUGAAUUUUCAUUAUUGUUCACCAAUUAAUAAACAUGAAUUACCUGCAUGGAUUAAAUCAUUGAUUAUAAAUGAUGAAAAAAAUAUCUACAAUGAUUAUUAUGCGGCACGUUCAUCAAUGUCAAUGUCAAUGACAACAAAUUCAAAUGAUUUACAAAAUUUUAAUAACGAUAACGAUAAGAAUGACCAUAAUGAUGAUGAUGAUAAUAAUCAUUACGCGAAUACAUCACAACAACAACAAUCGAAUAAUUGUCGUCAUCGACGUUUAAAUCAUCAUCAUCAUCAUCAAAAAAUUUGGAUUCAUCUGUUUUCGGUAUGGAUAAAACAUCGACAGGAAGUGGAUGAUAAUAUUGGUCGUCGUAUACAUGAAUGGCGUCUAUUAUCAAUGUAUAUUGAUAAGAUAUUAUUCUGGAUAUUCACUAUUACAACCGUUGUUACAUCGAUUAUAUUCUUGUUAAUUAUACCUGUAAAACGACGUGGUUUUUAA